GCAAGUUACCACCAACCGAUCCCUUUUUUAAUACCUAUACUUUCUUGUAGAAUGUAUAGAACGGCUCCUUAAGCUCUUCUGUUAACUGAUACAGGAUAAGCGACUGGCUUAAGGCAAAAUGCUACCUUUCAAAUCCUCCACAUAAAUCACUCUUCCUCCCGUAUCCUUCUUCUGCCAUAUGUAAUACCGCGUUUUUGUAUAUGUAUAAAUUUAUGGAUUGGUCCUUAUUUUGCUGUUCCAUAAACUUCCACCUGCCCCACUUAGCAGCCCUCAAAAUGUUGGAUGAAAUUUAUGUUUCCUAAUAUUUUGAUGCAAUGAAUAAUAAUUUUGGUGCUGAUGUUGAAGCUGAAGCUGAAUUGCCAACCGGCUACGUUGCUAUUUUAUUUCUUUCAGCAAACAACAACAACAAAUUUUCUCAAAAGGGACUAAGACGACAACGACGAUAGCAAAAAUUACUUUUCUUUUUGUGAAUCUUAUUAAUAUGCACUUGAAUCUAAUGGUUCGGUACUUUGAGUAAAUGGCGUGGGAUAUUACCAUUAAACACUGCGAAAGAUUGUCUUUCGAGAUGAUGAUGAUGAUGAUGAUGAUGCGAUGUUCUUAUGUAGGGAUGCGAUGUGUAUUUAUUUUUUACUGCCAUUGGUAUCGAGAGCUCCUACGUCAAUUCCAUGGAACGCAUCGUGUGGAUACUGGGAUAUACACAAAGUGGUUUCACUUUGACCUUUGACCAGACAUUUUUGUUCGCUGUUUCAUGUUCCAUUCAUGGGACAUGGUUUUCGAAAAUAAGAUAUAAAAUUUUGGGUGGCCUUAUGGGGUGUAGUCCUUUGGCUAAUACGCAUUAUAAAAGUGAACGAACAUAGUACUACUGCAAUUGGCACUUCUGAGAAGCAAAAAGAGCAACAACGAUGAAAAUAAUUUUUUCAAAUUAAAAAAACAAAGUUGAAAACUUCUCUCGCCGCUCGGCUCCAAGGAAUUGUGGAAGGUAGUGUGUCCCCUGUCCAGUGCAGUCCGGUGCCGGUCCAGUCGGACGCAGACACAAAUUAGUUUUCCCCCAUAGCAUAGUUCUCUGCAGAUGAGGGUCCUCGCACACAGGAUCUUGUCGUAUAGCCAUGGCUUGGAUUAAAAAUAAGUCGGAUAUUUCUUUAUUUGUGUGUAUGUUUUGAAAUCAAUUUGAAUUUCCGGUAUUUAUAUGAAUAAAAUAUAGGAAUUCUUAAUCAAAUAUGAGGGUUUGAGAAAUCCCCUUGAUACAUUCCCACAAAUCCACAUAUCUUCAUAAUUUUUUGUUAUGUUUUUUAACGAUGGUCCUUGCAGACGGAGUCUUGUGGAAAGGUCGAUUGGUGGCAACGUGUGUUGGUGUAACUUAUGUAUAUUUAAAUUCACAUACAAAUAUCCCUAAAAAUGUUGUAUUCCCUUUUUGUGUCUCUGCCGCAACUUUAUCGCUAUCAUAAAUAAAUUCCAUAGGAAAAAAUAAAUGUGAAAAGUUUAAAAAUGUGCAAAAAUUCUUGAUAAAAAAGUAAUAAAAAGGAAUUUCUUCACCUGAUUCUGAGUGAAAAUAAAAAUAAAAAAGAAAUCACAAAAAAAAAGAAAAAAAAAAAAUUGGAAAAAAUCGAACGGAAACGGAAAUAAAAUAAAAAUUCAAUAUGGAUGAUGCUGCUACAAAGAAAACAUUAUCUAUUGAUCGGGCGGCAUUUUUGUUGCUAAGAGUUAAGAAAGCCUUUAAGAAGAAGCGGCAACAACGCAAGGAUAGACAACUUCAACAAGCUGCCUUAGCUAACCAAACUCGAACAUGUCGCAAACAACCUCCACCCUUACUUCGAUCAAGGACCUUACCAGCAAUUGUUGUACCCGGAAUAUCAAUUAUUGCUGCACAAACCGAAACUAAUCGAACACAAAAUGACAAAGCCCACGGGAGUACAAGCUCACACAGAUGGUCCUUAUUGCCAAAGCCUCGAGGAUCAGUUGUUUGUGAUGAUAGUAAUUUGGAAUAUCGAAGAAAAUCAUCGAGCAGUUCACAGGGUGGCAUAUCCUUGGGAGCAAUAAGUAACGUAGAUCCUUACUCAUAUAAUUGUGAAGACUUCGAAUGCCAACCAGAUGGAAGUGUGGUUUUAAGGAUACCAGCGCCCCACAUUGUCGCGGCCAGAGCUUAUCGGGUUUCCACGGGAUCAAACGCAUCGGCCACCAGUCAGGCAAAGAAAAAUCUUUGCCCUCUGAACUUACAUCAACAUCAUCAGCAUUCACAUCAGCAGCAGUUGCCAUCCCAUCAGCACCAUCAUCAGCAGCAGCAACAACAGCAACACCACCCAUUGACUUCAGCCAGAAACAAGCUACAAGAUGAUACCAUCGGCGGCGGGUCUGGAGCUGGAGGUGGUUGUGGCCGGGAUCGUGAAGGUGGUGGAAUCGGCGGCAUUGGUUCUAGUUCAACUAACACAGCUUUGUGUCGCCUCGUCAAAUUGUUGAACCAAACUACAAAAGCCACCAUGUCGAACAGUGAUGGUCAUUUUUCAACGAUGGAAGCAGCCGAUCCACCGCGUCGCUUGUCCUGGGAGAGGCGUGACACCCUCACUGGAAAAAUACCCCGGUCAGCUAGCAUUGACUCGGUGGCGGAUGCGGUUUGGUGCGACUCGCCACGUCCUUCGCUCACAGUACCUCGACAUUUCCCAUUCCAACAUCGGCCCUCAUCGAGCAGUCUCAUCUCGAACAUUAGCACUGGCAGCGGAAUACAACAUCCUUCGCAGCUUAACGUCGACCUGGGGAGUAAUCGGAGAGAAAGUGUCCUCAGUCCCUCGUCAACGCGAAGAAAUAAGCUAACUCGCAUAAUUAACGCUCUUUUCUCGGCCGUCGAACAUGGUCACUUGGACAAGGCGAGAACCAUAUUGGAAUCCACAGACGUCGAUGUAAAUAGUAUUAACGCAGAUGGUCUAUCACCCUUGGACGUGGCUGUAUUAAGCAAUAAUAGAUCAAUGACGAAAAUGCUUUUACAGCAUGGUGCUAUUGAAGGAUCACAAUUUGCCACAGAAUCUCUUGGUAAUAAACUAAAUGGACUUUUGCAAGAUGCCGAAAGCCGGAUACAGGACCUUAGUGGAUGUGAGGGCUUCCCACAGUCAACACCAUUUACCAGCACCCGUUCCUCUAUAUCCAGUAUUAUUAUCGGUAAUAGUGGACCGUCAGUGACAGGUUGCACAGGAACUGAAACUGAUAAACAAAUUGGAAUUUGGGAACGACGUGUUAAAGGAUUGCGCCGCAUGCUACUCGGCUGGGAUCAGGCCCGUCCCCCAGAUAGCCCUAUGGCUGUUGGUGUUGAUGUCAUUGGAGUUAAUUCUAUAAUGGUGCGAAUUCUGGAGCCCACUGAGGGUGCCAUUGGGACUAAAUUCAAAGUUCAAUGGUCAACAAGAGCAGAUUUUAGCAAUGUGGUUGGGGAACGAGAGAUUCUCGAAUGGAAUAGCUUUCAGGGAACAAUGGGCGCCAAUUGUAGAAUAAGUGACCUCACUCAGGGACGAAGGUAUUUCAUUAGAGCUUGUUGUGGCAAUGUCAAGGGAUGGGGUCCAUCAAGAUUGUCUGUGCCAGCAAGUGUUGUACCAUCAAGUUGGCGAGACUUGACUGAGAGAGAUGAUCGGUUUAUGGGACGACUUCGAAUCCUUGACAGUCUUUUUACGGCUGUGCGUCUGGCCCGACCUGAAGAUGCCUCCGAAUUGACCUUGGAAUCAUCUGCAGCACAUCGAAGAAAUCCCAAAAAGAAGACAACCAUAAAGCAAUUAUUUUCUGUGACGUCGAAAUUCCAAAAGCAUCUCAGACGUGGUAUCUAUCUGGCGUGUAUAUUGUACUACGAGGAUAAGGUACUCGUAACGAGUGAAGAUUGCAUCCCUGUAAUUGAGAUAGAUGAAACCUAUCCGAGUUCUCUGCACAGUGACUACCAUUGGUUUAUGAAGGUUGCUUGUACCUGGGAAGAUGUUAAAUCUCUUCGCACCGACAUGGAACGGCACUUAACGUCGGCCGUUCAUUUCCGUACGAAACUACUUUCGGCCGCUUGUCAGAUGCAAUCAGCCCUCUGUCUAACCGAUCUUGGCCAAUUAUUUCACAAACCCCUGCGUGAUUCACACGGCACAGUUGUGCUGUGUUGUGUAAAUUCGGUGAAAACUCAAAAAUCCAUAUCCGUCUUAAACUCUCGAUGGUUGCCUGUAAAUAAAAUCCAAAAGAAAAUCACAGCUUUACACGAAGACUAUAACAUCAACGAGAUGCUCAUAUCUUCAAUUAGCGACCAAAUUCUCUACCAUCAGACAUCGACAACGAAAAUAAACCCGGGUCUCUACUUAGGCUAUUUGAAAAUGCAAUGUUCGGUCGAUCAAAUUCAGGUGGUUGUUCCAGUGAAAACGCCAAACGUUCUUCCUCAUGCAAAGGUUCGAGAGAAUUCCCACAUAACAGCCGAUGAAUGGGAAAUUCUGACAAAACAAAAUAAAUCUGAAUCGAUGACCCUGGAAUUUACUCCGAAUCCGGAGGUUAUGACCGAGGUUCAGAAGAUCUUCUUGAACGAUAUUACACAGGCGGCAAACACACUCUUCAAACACAUGAACAUCCGACCCGAGGAAGCCCUCAAUUAUAGGCUGUAUGAUAUUGAAAUCAUUGAACUAUCGAAGGACAUUAGCUUUUUAAUAAUCUGUCCCCCAGUGGAAUCGUCCUGCGCUGUGCCAGGUCAAACCGAAUUGCUACUUCAGCGAGACGACUUGCUAAGCCUGACAAUUCAGGCUUUUGAAAUGAUCCACCUGAGGACAUAUCAAAACGGAAUCAUUCAAAAAUAUUCGAGGCUCUCGUGCAUUCUCGAACUAGAUACAGCUUUGGCAAAUCAUUCUCACCGUGAGGCUUUCUCCACCAGUGAGCUGCAAAUUGCGAAGGAGCGUCUAGCCAAGCUCCAGGAACUCACUUUAAAUCUGAAUUCGGUUUGGAAGAGUGUUCGCUGGCUUAUGGAUGUGAUUGCGUUUGCUCGUGAUCGUAGCUGCAACCCUACCGUGACCAUAAGAGAAAUUCUGGAUUUUAAGAAAAUCCUCGAGGACAACGUUGAAAACUCCAUGUGUGAUAACAGCAACUGUCAUCUGUUGCAGCUGCCAGUUCGCGAUACGAAAUUCAGCAAGAGCGGCCCCGGCCGCGGAUCAUGGCCCGGCCCAGCUGCAAACUCUCAUCUAAACUCAGAGUGUUAUCUGGCUGCAGAGCACUCGAAGUCCGAACAAAAUCUUGGCUGUGUACAACCUCAACAGUUCCUGCAUCCUAAAAUGAACUCAAAGAACGAUGAAUGUCUUAGGAAAAACAGUGCGGACUCAACUUGUUCGCAAUACACACAAAGCUUUUAUUCAACUGGAGGUGAGAACAGUGAACAAGUGCUCUACCGCAUGCCACCCUCACGCUCCGAAGACACUCUGUCAGCUAAUAACAAAUUAAAAAACUCUCACUUUAGGAAACGGACAACUAUGCCGAAUGUCCAGGGUGGUCCUACAUCCAAUUCCGCUCCGUACCUCUCCGUGAGUGCUCACAGCAGUAGCUGUCAAACGAAUAUCACCGAUUCAGUACAAAGUCUAUCCAGUGACUCGGAAACUGCUUCCUAUCCAAUUGCUCAAAGGGUCAAACUCAAGACAACCGCUGCUCUAAAAGACGGAGGACUUUUCCUCAAGUCAACUCUUAAUGCUUUACAAACCGAAAUCAAAGGCACCGACGCCAAGGUACACUGCUCAGAACCGUCCUCACCAGUAUCAAAUAAAUCAAAUAAACGUCCAAUACCUCGUCAGGCUAGCGCAGAAGACUGCACACUAGGGAAUUCAACAACAGCUUUGGCCAGCAGUAUUUCACAUGCGGCUACAAGUACCUCUCAGCAAACGGGAAUUAUUCAAGUGUUUACGGCUUACGAUACCGGCUUGGCUAGUGGUACUAGCUUGAAACUCAAUGUCACACCAAAGACCACAGCCAGAGAAGUUAUAAAUCUAGUGGUGAAGCAAAUUAAUACGGCGGUGGUGUUAAAGGGCAAUAAUGGACCAAUUUACACGUCUGACAAAUUAAACAAUUUUUGUUUGGUAGCAGUUAUAGGGGCGCGGGAACGCUGCUUGCGUGAUGAUUUCAAGCCAUUGCAAUUGCAAAAUCCCUGGAAAAAGGGUAGGUUGUAUGUGCGGCAGAAGCAUGAGUUGCUUGCUGCCAUUGAACAUUCCAACCGAAAGUCGCAUCUUAUUUAAGGUUUUAUUUUUGUUAUUAUUUUAUUGCAAUCUCAUAUGACUUGACAUUUGACAUAGUUCUAGAUAGUUGCAAUCCCAAGCCUAAGAAACAAACUUCCCACUUUUAUAUUAAUAAGAUUUCUGUUUAACUUAUAAAAACUCACAGUUGACACUUAUCCCCACUGGUUUCAAGGGUCAGGCAAAUUUGUGAUUGAUAGGGGCACAUAAAUUGAAUACGGAAAUGCGAGUACUUUCGCAGGUUUAAGAAUAUGUAUAUGUAUAUUUUCAAAAGACAUCAAACUCCUGAUUGAAAUGACAAACAAUACUUAGCUUAAAAUGCUUUAAAUUAAAGCUUCUUAUAUUUGCCACUCUUAAAAAUAUAUAGCUUUUUGCAUAUACAUAUAAACACCAAAUCUUAUUUUCCGUGAAAGGCUCAAAAUACAAUUUAAAUAAAUACUCCGAAGGAAAAUAUGGCUUCCUUCAUUUCAAAAAUGGCACUUAUUCCUCGAAAUGUCAGCUGUCAAACCGUUGUUUAAGUAUUUCCUAUUUGACGUCUAGAAGAACUUGCGAAUAAUGGAAAGGUUUAGACGACUUAAGUAGCUUGAAAGUUGAGCAAGUUUCAAGUAUCGGAUCGGCUAACUGCCAAAUAAUUGCCUUCCAAUUUAGACGAUUUUAUUGGAAAGUUGGCUAGAAAGUUAGUUAAGAAAAAUCUCCCUAACUAUCAAGUUGAGUUUACUUCUGUCAAAAUGACAGUUGAUAAUGUUUUUUCAUUCAACUUUAUUACUCUAUGAUUUAUUUAUUUUCUGCACAACUUCAUUUAAAAACCCCAUUAGCAACCCCAAACCUUUCUGUAAUGAAAAAAGGCGCUAGCUGUGCUAAUUGUCCAACUGUCAAAAAUAUGUCCCCAAUUAAGGAACUUUUUGGAAAGUUAUAAUCAAUCAAACUCUCAUCUGACUUUCAAGUCAAGUGUGCUUACGUCAAAAUAUCAGCUGAUCAUGUUUUGUUCUAAUUUAAUUAAAAGGUGAACUUCAUUACCUUCUG